CGUUGACCGGGAACAGUAUGUGAGUGUGAGAUUUGACCCUGUUCAUGGUGCAGCAGGGGAACAGUUGGGCAUACAGCACUGCAACUGUAAAACAUUAUAGGCCCGGUUCGUCUUCACCAACUCGGAAUGGCAGUCUGGUAAUGUGGACAGACGGCUGUCGAGGCCAUCUAUGCCGUUGUUGUCCCGCCGUGCCUUCGUGAGUUCUGACGGGUCAAGAACCAUCACCAUGGCCUCAGUGAUACCCCGCUGCACAUCUGUCAGACUCCCCGGCGUGGCCACUGUCGCCCUGCUCCUGAUAUCGGCGACCACUGUACAGUCCUCUCAAGGCGACAAGGAGCCAGUUUACCGGGACUGUGUGAAGCAGUGUGUCCGAAUCAACUGCACCGGGGCUCGGCUGCGCGGCUUUCAGUCCACCCAGCCGCAGUACAUGGCGCUGACAGGUUGGACAUGUAGAGAUGACUGUCGCUACGAGUGCAUGUGGACCACUGUGGGCCUUUAUCAGGCUGAAGGGUACAGGAUCCCACAGUUCCAUGGCAAGUGGCCAUUUGCACGCUUCCUGUGCUUUGAGGAGCCAGCGUCUGCCUUGGCCUCUCUGCUUAACGGCCUUGCCUGCCUUCUCAUGCUGCUGCGCUAUAGGAGCACAGUGCCACGCCAGAGUCCCAUGUACCACACCAUCAACGCCUUCUCACUGGUAUCUCUUAAUGCCUGGUUCUGGUCCACAGUGUUUCACACCCGGGACACGUAUCUCACUGAGAAAAUGGACUACUUUUGUGCAACAGCAGUCAUCCUGUACUCAAUCUACUUGUGCUGUGUCAGAACUCUGGGACUGAGGCGACCCGGGGUGUCCAGCAUGGUGGGAGCCCUGCUGAUCUUGGCCUUUACCUCGCAUGUGUCCUAUUUAACUUUUAUCAGCUUUGACUACGGCUACAACAUGGCUGCUAACUGCUCCAUCGGCAUGGUAAACCUCCUGUGGUGGCUGUGUUGGUGCUGGCAGAACCGGCGGACCCUCCCAUACUGGUGGAAAUGCGGCCUGGUGGUGAUGCUGCUUCAUGGUCUAGCCUUGCUGGAGCUGCUGGACUUUCCACCAAUGCUCUGGAUCCUGGACGCUCACGCUGUGUGGCACAUCAGCACAAUUCCUGUGCACUUCCUCUUCUACAGUUUCCUGAUAGACGACAGCCUCUACCUGCUAAACACAGAGAAGAUGGGCGUCAAAGUCGAGUAGGAAGAGCUCCUCGACUUGUCACCGCGCCCUCUCCCUUGCACCUCUCCAAUCAGGGCAGCCGUACACCUGAACACGGACUUGACUCAGCCUGCCAGAUGACAUGCAUGACAACACAAUGACUUCCAUCAAAGUAGACUUUGUUUCCUUGUUUUGUUUUUAGUUAUUUAUUUCAAGGGGGGUGGGGGGUAUUUUUCCUCAAUAUUUUAUUCCCACGGUUAAUGCUUCCUUUAUUUCACUUUGCCUUGUGUUGACGGUUCUCUCGCCAUCCGUCACGACUACAAGGCACAAUGAAGGAAAAAGUUUUGUGUUCCACUUCUUCUGACUUUGACAUUUUUAAUUACUCCUGAAAUUAAUCCUCCAAACACGCAAAAAAACUCACUCUGACAUACUUCUGGAAGUCCAGCAUGAACGGCAGUUUGCUGUGUCUGACAAUAGAUGGCACCAGUUCCUUCACCAGGCUGUCGUGACCUUCUCUCUGUUUGUGCUGGGGUCCAUCUGAGCCAAAAGUGGACCGCUGAAUACAGAGAGGUGGCCCUUGUGAAUGUGGCUGGAUUGUUCUAGAAAGAGAAGGGGGGUGGGGUGUUUGGAGACCAUUCUCGCUGACUGUUGUUUUGUUUUUUCUCUUCUCCCAUCACACCUUUUUCUUUUUGUGCCUGUGUUCCAACCACUGCUUUUGUUUCUCCUCGUUAUAAUUUUCGUAAGCUGCCUUAGAUGUUUUAAUUCUGUCGUUUGUGACCAAUUUGUGCUUUAUGGUGUUUACAGUUUUACUUUGAUGACUUGAUUUCGACUGGGUUGGGGAAUGCCUGAUGAUCAGAAAGUGGGAGCGUUUUUUUUUUAAAUCACCUGGAUUGCCUUCAAGUGUGAGGAAAAGGAGGAGAUGGUUGAGGUUGGAAAAUAAGUUGCAACAGGGAGCUUUUUGUUAGUCCUGUGGUUGGUUGGUUGGUUGGUUGGUUGGUGUGUGUGGAUGAGUGUACGGAUGUUAAUUUGACGAACAUGUUUUUACAUUUUCUUGCAGUAAUGUUUCCCUGACACACAACCAGCUGCCCCAAUGUCUAAAAAAACUCAAUAUCCCUCCAUGUCUGCCUUACACACUGAAUCAUAACAUUCAUGUUCAAAACCAAUACAAUCAAAUUCAUACCAUGUAUGUAUCCAUCCCAGAACCGCCCUUCCAUAUGUGCACUUUACAGCUGCGUGUGUGUACGUUUACAUAAACAUUUUGUGUGAAACUCUUCUUCCCACACCUUUGUACCUCUCUGUGAGAUUGUGAACAAAGACCAGUGUGUGUGCAUGUGUUCACGUUGCCUUGACUCAACUUUGUUUUGUUUUUUUUGUCAUUGUAAACUGAAUCACUGUGUGUGUGUGUGUGUGUGUGUGUGUGAGAGGGGGCUAGAUUGUGCUAGUUUUGCCCCUUUUGUGAAACAACUGAGUAUGUAUGAGUGUGUGAACUGUGUAAACUGUAUGUGUGAUGACGGACAGCCUGUGAUGGAGGUGACAGAGGACAAAAGACAUGGGAGAGCUCAAAAGUGGCAGAAAUAUUCCUGAGUUCACAGCAAAAUUCUCAUGGUAUGAUAGCUUUCUGAUACUGUGCAUUUUAAAUAGUUGCAUCUAUAUUAAUUGAUCAUUUACGUCCACGAAACUGUCUGAGGCCCACAUAUGAUCUAUCUGAAGAUGUAUACAAAUUUCACCCCAUUUGAAUUCAUGAUGGAAAAAAACACGGCCUGCAAUUUUUUUUCUCUAAAUUAUUAAAUGAUAACUGUUUUAAUAAGUUGGGCAAUGCCUGUAAAACAAACUUCAGUUAAUGCUCCGUGAAUCAUUUAAUAGUCUAUUUCCUUCUUCCUUAUUGAUAACCACAUCCCUCACUCAUCUGCUGCCCCCUGCCUGCUGCCCUGUGCACCAUCACCUCUCCCACUCAGUGCACUUUCCUUCACCUCACAACUUAUAUUUGACCAAAAAAAAAAGGGAAAUAUAUGAAACAAAUAAAAGUGUUCUUUAUUGAUAAGGA